AUGGCAAUCAUAUUUGUGGUGCUAUGUGGAUCUUCUUUCUAUAUGGGUAUAAUCUUUUGUUCUGAGAAGGACAAAUUUUUGUCAAUUUACAGUGAGAAAUCAAUUGAAUCCCACAAGGAGUCAUCAAUAAUUCCUCUGCAAAUUAAAUACAUCAGUUAUCCUAAAUGCAGCAUUGACUUUCAAGAUUACACUCCAAGCACAGAUCCAAGGAGAUGGAAGAAGUACAUCUCCUAUCGGCAUACUUUGUUGGAACGCCAUUGCCCUCCAAAAUUGGAGAGGAAAGACUGCUUAGUUCCUCCCCCGGAUGGAUAUAAGCUUCCAAUUAGAUGGCCAAAGAGCAGAGAUGAAUGUUGCAAUGUUCCAAAUGAGUGGAUUAACAAGCAGAAGUCCAAUCAACAUUGGUUGAAAAAGGAAGGGGAGAAAUUCAUUUUUCCUGGUGGGGGUACUAUGUUCCCCAAUGGUGUUGCUAAAUAUGUUGAUUUAAUGCAAGAUCUGAUCCCUGAAAUGAAAGAUAGAACCAUUCGAACUGCCAUUGAUACUGGAUGUGGAAAAUUGAAGCUACUUGCCGACGUAACAACGCUGCAAGAAGAAGCAGGGAGCAAGACACAAAAGGAAGCAGUUAGACCUCACCUCCUCUUUCUCCAGAUCACACUCUGA